ACCGUACCAAAGAACUGCAAACAUCCGGGAUUGACCUAUAUACUGGGAUGGAUCAUCAUGAAGUAAUCAAACUAAAUGGCGGGUGUGUCGCAUGGAGAUUGGCGUGCUGAGAAGAGUGUUGUUGAGUGCAAUAGAUAUAUGCUAUCUAAAGAACUGUAUUGUGACGUCAUAUUCAAAGUCGGCGAUACAUUGAUCAAAGCACACAAGUGCAUCCUUGCAAGUAGAAGUUCUGUGUUUGAAGCCAUGUUAUUUGGACAUCUUCCGGAAACUGGUGACGUCAUAUGUAUAGAUGAUGAAUUUAUAGAUGCCAGUUUAUUUAAAGCCCUCUUAGGGUUUAUUUAUUGCGGAGAGGCGGAAAUCAACGAGAAUACAGUUGUUGAGACUUUGUAUGUGGCGGACAAGUACUGUGUUACCGAACUCGUUAAACACUGCCACGCUUUUCUCGAGGCCAAUAUUUCCGAAAGCACACUAUUUGUAAUUAUACAAAGUGCUGAGCUAUUUAACAAUUCAAAGUUACUUUCAAUGUGUGUGAACUUCAUUACUGAGUCGAAGUCGAUUUCAAGAAAGAUAUUUGAGUCCCCAAGUCUGUUUUCAAUGAGCAGAGAGUUCUUGACUUGUUUGAUUAAAUCUGAUGGAUUAUUUUUAAAAGAAAAGACGAUCUAUGACAAAGUGAUGCUUUGGGCGGAACAUGGGUGUGAAAAGGAGGGGAAAGACAAAAACGACCCAGCAGAAAUUCGUCGGAAAUUAGGUGACCUUCUGUUUCAGAUACGAUUUCCAUUAUUUUCCUUAGAGACAUUUUGGAGGGACAUAGCACCGAAGGAAAUUUUGUCUGCCGAAGAAAAAAUGGAGAUAUCGAGGCUCAAUGUCGGGGAAAACUUACCAAAUUCGAAGUUUAACCGGAAUAAACGAGGAAAUCUUGCAGAUAUCUUGCGAGUGAAGGAAACAAGUAAAACAUGUGAUUGGGCUGCAAAUGGACAGGAGGACUGCAUUGAUUUUGAAGUUGAUAAAACGGUCGAGCUAUGCGGUAUUCUCUUGUACGGUAGUUCAAAAACUCCUUACACGUAUGUUGUUGAGGUCCGAAUUUCUUCUGUAACUAGUAACAACUGUUUAUUACAUGUACCUCCAAUGACGCUAGAAGACAGUAAACCGAUAUUUCCCAUAAAAUUCCACAAGCCAUGCGAAAUUCGCGCCAACGAGAGAUACAAAAUUUGCGUGAAAAUGAAAGGUCCGAAAAGUUUCAGUGGAGACUUCUAUGACCACGUCAAACAUAGUGAUAUUUCAAUUCAGUUUUUUGGCAGCUCCUACACAGGAAAUGGAACAUGUCCAGAGUAUGGGCAAAUACCGGGACUUCUGUGUGCCGUAAACGUUAUAAAUCCGUGAAUUGCAAAAUAAUUUAAUUUGAAAUAAACUAUUUAAUUUAUUAUUACAGAUGAACAUAUCAAAAUAAAAAUUGAGACAGACUUACCUUAUAAGGAAGCUAAUUAUUUUGUGUGUGCCAUGGAAGUUAUGAAUCUUUGAAUUGCCAUUAAUUUAUGGAAUAUUUAAUUAUAUAUUCACAUGUCCAUUAUGCAAGUAUACAUAUAUAUAAAAUACCGACAUAUCGUAAUAGGUAGCUAAAAAGAGUGUUUGCCAAAAAUAUUAUGAAUGCCUGGGUUUCCUGUGUGAAUUUUAAUAAUCUGUUUAUUUGCUUAGUAUAGUUGUACAUAUCAAAACAAUUUGAUACAUACAUAUUAUACAUGUUUAAGUAAGCUGACCAUUGUUGGCCAAACCGAUGUGUUGAAUUUACUUAACAUCUAAAUGUAAAAAAAAAAAAAGAAGGGAAAGGGGGCCACUGUCGGAAUAAUUUAAUUUUGAUCUUUCAGAUAACCGAUAUGCAAAAUGGCAUUCGGUUGAUCUAAUUUUUCCUUCUUAUUUUGAUGUAUUUGAAUUGAAAGGACUUUAUAUGGUUUGAGCCUCAAAUGGCCCCCUUAAAUGAACAUUGUCAUUUUACUGUAA